GUUUGUAUGCUUACAUCGCUAGGUAUUCCAGGGUACUCUGAAAAGGCAAAUGUCAGCCACAUCCCUUUCCGAAUUUCCGCCCCUUCAAAAUGAUCUCAUCCUUCGAGCAGUUCGGGGGCUCCCAGUUUCGCGAAUCCCAGUAUGGAUAAUGCGACAAGCUGGGCGGUAUUUACCGGAGUUUCGUUCAGUUCGGAAAAAUUACGACUUUUUUACCAUGUGCCGAACCCCAACACUAGCUUGUCAAGUGACACUCCAACCCAUCGAACGCUAUGAUUUAGAUGCGGCUAUCAUUUUCUCCGAUAUCCUUGUGAUUCCCCAGGCGCUUGGUCUCGAAGUCCAAAUGCUUCCCGGUGUUGGUCCAAAGUUCCCGCAUCCAAUUACUCAGCUGGAUGACUUAGAUCGUUUAAAUUGGUCCGUGGAUGUGAAAAAGGAGUUGUCAUAUGUGUACGAAGCAAUCACACUAACACGACAUCAGUUGGCUGGCAGAGUCCCGUUAAUAGGAUUUUCCGGAGCACCUUGGACCUUGCUAUCCUACAUGAUCGAGGGUGGUGGCUCUUCCACUCAGUCGAAAGCCAAACGUUGGUUGUAUACUCAGCCGGAUGCUAGUCAUCGCAUUUUACGACUACUGACCGAAACGAUUAUCACUCAUCUUGUCCAGCAGGCUAUUGCUGGAGCGCAGUUGUUGCAGGUCUUCGAAUCGCAUGCAGGUGCUCUUACUCCUGCACUCUUCGACACAUUUGCUUUGCCCUAUCUCAUCCAAGUUGUUCAUGGCGUGCGAAGCCGGCUAACAAACGAGGCCGGCUUUUCUGCUGAACAGUUACCACCCUUGAUUGUGUUUGCCAAGGAUGGACACUACGCGCUUCGACAACUCGUCGACAGUGGCUACGAUGUAAUCGGUUUAGAUUGGACUGUUCAACCCAUGCAAGCAUGCGCUCUGGCUGGAAACAAGGUUGCUCUCCAGGGCAAUUUGGAUCCUUGUGCUUUGUACGCUCCUGACGAAGAACUGCAUCUACUCGUCCGUAACAUGCUUGAACAGUUCAAAGCCUCGCGGCGAUAUAUAGUGAACCUUGGUCAUGGCAUUUAUCCUGAUGUGGACCCAGAUAAAGUAACCACGUUUGUCAACUUGGUGCACAAACUCUCCGCCUCAACGUUGGAUAGCUAACUUAUUUCAUACCCCUUCUACCUUCUGUAGAUUGUGGUGGAAGCUUUUUCUUAUCUCAAUAUGACCAAUUUUGACUUACGUGGCUCGUUAUAUUGAGCCAACCGAAUUACAGUAUUACUGUUGUUGCCGG